AUGGCCCCAGCUGUCCCUCUGUACUACCCUCUCCGGCCCCGCCCUGCCAUGGCCUCUCUCAUCCCCCUGGACUUGAUACUCUCCCGCCUGUUGGCCACAGCUCGUGGACCUGAUUCUAGGCCUUUGGGCCUUGGGAGGUGGCUUGAGCUGACCGCAGACGGGGACAGACAGGCUCAAACGCACGGGGAACCUGGCCACAGGGUGAGGGCUGGGUGGCUCCCCCUCACCGAAGCCUGUGCUGGUUGCUUGCAGGUGCACAUGGAGAAGAAGCAGGUGGCUGUGGAGGCCGGCGUCCUCCUGGCUGACCUGCGCCCACAGCUGGAUAAGCGUGGCCUGGCUCUGCCCGGCCUGGGAGCCGUGUCAGACGUGACUGCAGCUGGUGUCAUUGGGUGCGGGACACACAGCACGGGGGCCAAGCAUGGCAUCCUGGCCACUCGGGUGUUGCUGACCCUGCCGAUGGCCUACGGGACCGUUCUGGAGCACUCUGGGUCCAGCGAUGCAGAGGCAUCCCAGGCCCUGUGGGUGCACCUGGGCUGCCUGGGAGUGGUCCUCACCGUCACUCUGCAGGGUGUGCCCCAGUUCCCCUCUCAGGGGACCUCCUUCCCUGCCACCCCAAGAGGGGCGCUGAUCCCUUUGAUCGCCAUCGGUGUCCUGCGGCCAAAGCCAGGUCUUAACCUCCAUGUCCCCCUCCAAGUUCCAGGUGUAGCUCAGGGAAGGUGCCAGGUAACUGUGGGGCGGUUUGAGCAUGGAAGAGGCCUCAUGUCCUUCUGUCCCACCCCCAGGUCCUUAGGCAAGGCCGUGCGGCGGCUGGACUACCAGCUGGUCUGUGAGGACGUCAUGAAGUAGGUCGUGGGCCCGCCCCACUGGGCCAAGGUAGGACACGCCAGACAGAAACUCCGGGUGGGUGUCCGCCAGGGAGCGGCUGUGAGUGAGGAGUUCCACCAGGGGGCGCGCUCUCGCUGUUCCUCGGCCCGCCCGAGGCUGGGAGGUUGGGAAAAGGUGCUGAGCCGGUCAGGGGCAGGAGGGACUCCACCACGGCGCCUAUAUCCAGGCUUCCCUCGGCAUUCAUGUUCCAACACCUCGGGGGUUAUAAUUCCCUCUGAGCUGCUGGAGAAAUUCUUUCUUUCCCUUCAUUUGAUUCUUCCAGAAACCUUGUGAUCAGGAUAAGGCAGGGGUCAGGGAAUCCGUUUAACAGAGAAGAAACUGAGGGUCUCUCAGAGGUGAUGGAACUUACUAAUUAGGAGUAAAAUUGGGGCCAGAGGCCUCUCCACUGUCACACUGCCUGAUGGUAAUGGGAAUGGAGACUUUGGAAAUACUUUUUAAAAAAAGAUUUUACUUAUUUACUUUUAGAGGGGAAGGGAGGGAGAAAGAGAGAGAGCAACGUCAAUGUGCAGUUGCCUCUUGCACGCCCCCCACUGGGGACCUGGCGGGCAGCAAGCGUCACACGGCAAGUUGGGAAAAGAAGUGCCUCCAAAUUUUCAACCAGAGAAUGUCUCGCAGUCCUGUAUUUUCAGUAGUUUGAAUUUAACUUUCAAAAUCUAUGAAUUUUGGGUUCUAUUCCAUUAUGUAAUGGAGCUUUAGCCUUCUGGGUAGUAUUUUAUUUUCAAAACCUUUAAAUGACAUGUCAGCUCUAGGAAGGAGUGCCGUGCUUGUUCAGUGGUCCCGGCACCUCACAUCCACCCCCCGGGAGAGAAGGACCGGCAUUAAGGGGCGUGCCGCCAUGACUUAAGUCUGGAGCCUUGAUGUUCAGUACAGCUUCAACUCCCGGGAUGCUGAGGCAGAAGGAUGUUCUGGAAAUAGACUUUCUAAGCACCACGGAACCUAGGAGCCCUUUCCGGUUCAGGGUUUUAAUGAAUGUAAUUUACCCUUCCUUUGAUUUGGGGUCCUCGGGUGCAUGAAGGUCACCACUUCCAAAAAGUUCUAAUUGCAGAGUCUUUUGGAUACUGAGUGGUGUGUACUCAGCCCACAAAUUGGGAUCUCUUUCUCUCUCCUUCCUCGCUGCCUUCUUGCUACUUCCGUCCCGGGUUCCAUCCCCCACCCCACCCCCGCAGGCAUCAGCACCACCCUA